AUGGCACCAUCCGCCGAUUAUCCUUCCAAAGCACCCUUCGAGGCCAGCCCAACAGGCCAGCUGCAAUUCAAAAGACACAAAACCCUGCCGCGACCACGCUCCGAAAGGGCAUCCGAGUUACCUAUACGAGUAGCAAGUCCCUUAACCAGACAUGAUCUGGUUGUCGAUACGUCUCGUUCCAGCAAUGGCAAGCAGCCAUCAAGUCCACGAACUCUUAAACAUCAGUCAAGGAGAAUAAGCAGCGGCCCGGAUCUGCCACCAACUCCACCGAGACAUUCGCGCCAGCCUUCUGACAACUCUUCCGGCAAGACCAGUAGCCCCGCUGCAACCGAUGUUUCGUUACGGACUCCCCAGCCAUCCCAUCUACGUUCGCCUUCAACGCCUCCUAAUCAGAAGAGCCCGCCUACGCCUGAUGUGACGCCGCCUCAUCAUUCCACAAGCCGCCCAAAACUAUUGAGACCUGUUGCUAGUGACCGUGCUGGUUCAAAUACUACUAUCGGUGAAUCCCAAUCUGGCUCCUUUACAACUGCCAGGGAAGACCCUUUGUCAUCAGAGGACGAGGGCAAGUCUGCAAAUACUAAAAACUCACGACAGAAUGCUCGUCACGUUUCUGACACGAGCACCCGCGUUCCUAGACCUGACGCACUGGCCUCAGCCUUGGCCUUGGCCAAUUUUGCGCCUCGAUCAGAGGGGAGCAGCGUGUCCAGGUCACUAGGAGGGGACUGGGGCCACAACGAUAGCGACUGGGGUUCCGUGAGCGAGGUAGAGCAGGAAUGGGACCACAAUCUGCAAAGAAUGGUCACUGUCAAGAAGCGGCCUGAACCACUGGAUGUUAUGCGUUCUAGCCCAGCCAGGAGGGCAAAGCUCAUCGAGCCAAACAAAACCACAUCAACACAAGCCGCCAAAGCUGUGCGGGGGAUGCCUUUACACCAGAGAACCGAAGCGCUUUCCACAAGAGGCCCUUCAAUUCGUGAUAUUCCUUUGUCAGCUGCAUCAAGCACGGUCGGAAGUUCUGACCCACGCAGAAUGUCCGUCGCCUCAAACAAAUCUACUGUCUCAACUGUUGUGGAGGCAUAUCUACUGGACACGACCCCAAAGAGGCAGAGAACUCUGCGCCAUGUGCGGAAACAAACCCUUCUGCGAGAACCUACAAAUGCGUCAUCUGUGUCAACAACAGAUUCUCUUAGGUCGGACAGAUCACAAAAUGAUGCGCGGAUGCGACCACGACCAAGUGCUCCUAAAUCUGAAAGUCAGUCUUCAAACGUGACGGUCAACUCUAUCGCGAGUAGCAGAGCUCGACGUGAGAUUUGGAAAGCCGGUGCUAUACCAGUGGUUGUUGUGCCUGACAGGUUGUCGUCUCACAAGACCAAAUCGAGGGAACCGUCGCUGAGGUCUCGUUCAAGCCGACGGUCAAGCCAGACUACGACUGCGACCAGCGUCAGCUCUACAGUAAACGAUUCCUCGUCCAGAAGGAGCGAGCCACCUAUUGUUCGGCGCCCGGUUCGUGGUCGUUCGUAUUCUUUAUCCGAAAGCUCAGAUGAGAGGACCAUGGAUUACCCCCCUGUUAUACCGGCCCGCUCAUCUUCUCUCUCUGCUCCGACCAGCCGGAAUGGCUCAAGAGCUAGUUCUUUGACGGCUGAAAGCAUGAAGCUUCACAAUGCUUUGCAGGAGUAUCUCAACAAGAAGAAGGAUGCGCAGGAAGUACCCGAUAUUCGAUUUUCGGAAGCAGCUCGUGCAACGCAGACGCUCUCAAGCCCUUCUCAAAGUCGCCGACUGUCAAGCUCGGAACAUCACGACGACUUUUUGAACCCCAAAGGAUAUGGCUCGCAAAACACGCCCUUUUCAAUGGCUUCCAUUGACACAAACGGGACAAAUCCAGUUGUCUCUGAAGCCCAGGCGGUGCAAAUGUAUCCUCAUCAGAACUCGUCGCUGUUGAUGGUUGACCAUUCCACAAAGCCCUCCGAGUCUCAGACAGAGGCCGAAGAAGACUUGGACGUUCCACUGUCAACAGACUCCUCAGAAGAUAUUCCUACCACACCCCCUCAGCCGAAUCUCUCUCUUGCAGAUGUUGACUCCCCACUCCGAAACCCUCGAGUGCCACCCGAGCCACCGAGCCACCCCCCUUUCAUCAAUUUCAUCCCCGCGACACCUUCGGGAACGACUCCUGCUCACGAGAAGAUGGCGCACGUGGGUAACUACUUUGAGGCAAUGAACGAGAAGCCACCUCGCAGACCUUCGGUGGUCCGUCGGGCUUUCAACCGUACACGACGUCACUCAGUUGAUUAUACACCAACUUCACGAAGACCCUCAAGCUUCCUUUCACGGACUCUAUCACUGUCGCGUACUGGUCGUAUCAAAGGCAUGCCAACUAUGGAACAAGAGCCCGAAUACCCCAGUCCCGACGAUAGCCCCGUGGAGGAGGACAAGCUGCAUCCUUUUUGGCGCCCCCAAUGGUCUAGUGAUGAUUUGUAUGAAUGUGACGGAGACUGCAACGACGAUUGUGAUAUUCAUUGGCCGGUUGAACCGGCUGAAGAGACCUAUCGAUAUCCUCCAGUGGACAACCGACCCAAGGGACCUCAGAGAAGUUUCAGCUCCAGAAUGAAGCGCACAUUUGCCGUCCUUCCGUCCCGGGAGGAUUCUCAUUAUACGAGCUACGAUUGGCCUACUACUGAACGUCGCACUAUCGGACGGACCCCGAGCGGAAACCUACGAGUAAUGAGGCAUCGCUCGAGUUUUGAUUCGUUGCGACGAAGCUACACCGACGAGGAGAGGCCACAUUCUGCUGAUGGUGAGGUCAAGAGAUCGUUCUGGCGCGCCAAUACUCUUCACAGGCGAGCUAGCAAGGAAAAGAGACGUCUCUCCCUCGGGAGCAAGCUCGAGGAACUACAGAAUCUUCCGCGUAGAUUCAGCGAGAAGAGACGCGAAAAACGAUCGCAGGAGCUCCGCAAGAAAAUUAGCGGGCCGAAAGAAGUUCGUGAUGGGGUCGGAGAAGUGAUUCGAUCGAGCACCGCCCGCGACCAUUACCAAUCACUUGAAAGCAUGGCAUCUCAUUGA